AUGGCUCAAAUUUCAAAGAAAAGAAAAUUUGUUGCUGAUGGUGUUUUCUUUGCCGAACUCAACGAAUUUUUUACACGUGAGUUGGCCGAAGAAGGUUAUUCUGGUGUGGAAGUCCGUGUAACACCAGCUCGUACGGAAAUUAUAAUCCGGGCUACCCACACCCAAGAAGUCCUUGGUGAAAAAGGACGUAGAAUUCGGGAAUUAACUGCCCUUAUUCAAAAAAGAUUUAAAUUUCCUGAAAAUACUGUUGAAUUAUACGCUGAGAAAGUACAAAACCGUGGACUUUGUGCUAUUGCUCAAUGUGAGUCUCUUCGGUACAAAUUAUUGGCGGGUCUUGCUGUAAGAAGAGCUUGUUAUGGCGUUUUACGUUUUAUUAUGGAAUCAGGCGCAAAAGGGUGUGAAGUGGUUGUAUCUGGAAAAUUACGUGCGGCCCGUGCUAAAUCUAUGAAAUUUGUUGAUGGGUUCAUGAUCCAUUCCGGUCAGCCAAUCCGUGAUUAUGUGGACACUGCUAUCCGACACGUUAUGUUAAGGCAAGGUGUUCUGGGUAUUAAGGUCAAGAUCAUGAAGGACCAAGAUCCAAGUGGUAGAGCUGGUCCAAAGAACCCUCUACCCGAUAUGGUUCACAUCUCGGAUGCCAAGGAAGAACAACAAAUUACACAGCCAAUCUCCGAGGACUUUCAAAAACAUAUAACAGAGACUCCUGUUGCUCCCUCAACUCCUCCUGCUACAGAAUAUACUGAAAAUUUCACAUCUACCUUUGAAUAA